GAGGAAUUGUAGGAAACUGUUGUCAGAGUGUUUGGAAUCUUUGGAUAGAGUUCUGUUGGUGGAAUUCACAGCUUCUGCUUCAGGGGUUUAGAGGGGUUUACAUAGACUUUGAGGAAUUUGCAGUUCGGUUUGAGAGGAUUAUCAUGGCCUGCUUAUUCAAUUGCGCACUCUCUUCCUUCUGCUCUCUUUCCCUUUACUCUACAUCGCGCACCCCCACCUCCAUUUACCCCACCCUUACCGUCUCUUGUUCCACCUCUUAUCGACCUCAGUCAUCCUCAUGCCAUCGUCAACGCUGGCGCUUGCUAUGCUUGCCGACCGAUACACGGCAAGACGUCAUAGAUGUUGAAAUUUGUGAGGUUCAUAAAGAUGAUGAGGAAUGGCAGGAGGCGCGGAGAGAGGAAUCUAGGCAGUUGGAGAGGCGGCGGCAGGUCGAACGAGAGGAGGAAAGAAAGGCGGAGGGUGUCUAUCGCAGCAUUGCUAAUCAACUCAAAGAUUAUCCCAUACAGGAAGUUGCGGAAGCGAGGAAGUUUGUUGCUAGGAUGAUAAAAUCAGGAGAAGGAGUGGAAGAGAUGAUUGAGGAAGCAAGUGAAAGUGGGGAGCUCACUCCCCUUGUACUUCUAGUAAUUCGAAAUCGUUUGGAGUUAGCUCGCCAUGAUGAUGAACGAGACGCAAUGCAAGCUCUUGAUUUGCUAUACCGUCGAGUAGAGAUGGAACUGCUUCAAAAGGACGCGAGCAUGGCUAUGAUACUGCUCAAUCAACUCUUAAACCUUCACGACGGUUUCAGUCACGAAGAGUGGUUGCGACGGUCUCGGACGACCAUGCUUCAAGUAUUCGUUCCUGAGGAUGCAUUCACCAUCCUUGGUGCGUCCGAUUUUGACAUGGAGAAUCAAAUGGGGCCGAUAGAGAUCCCCGAGGAAGAUGAGGGUUUGCUUCGAAUAGACUUCAUAAGAGAAGUGGAUGAGCUGAUUUCGGAGCUAGAAACUGAAGCAGAAGUGCAACCUGUAUCAGGCUUUGAUGCUCAGUCAGUGGCUGUGCGCCUUCGACAACAAGAAAAAUUGAGGGCAAUACAGCAAGUAAAAGAUUUGAGGCAUUUAGCAGCAACACUUAAGUGGUAGAAUGCGUUCGUUAAAAUUUGAUAUACUGCUGUGACUGAAUCAGUUUCGUUUUGCCUAUGUAAGUUCUCUAUUUAAUAUGUAGGAACUUUUCUUCUUCUUUUUGAAUAAAAUAGUAGAAACAGAAUAUAAAAUGUAUGCACUCCAACUGUUAUACUUUUGUUUUAAACCAA